UGCCUUCUGGGCCUGGCGGCGCUCGCGCCCCGUGGCCGAGGGGCCUGACGGGAAGGGUAGUUCGGCGCUCCUGAGGCGACCGGGGGUUUCGCGGGCCGGGAGAAGCGCGGGGAGGCGAGGCGAGGCCGGCCAUGGCGACGGCCGCCUUGGGCGAGCGGUGGUGGGCCGAGCUGCCCCACCAUGCCGUGCUGUGCCGCCUGAGGGAGCAGGCCCAGGCCGCCGCCUCUGCCGCCGCCGGCUGUGGCCCCUCCGAGGAGGACGAGCAAGCCCGGCCGGCCCUCCCGCGGGACCUGCUGCUGGCCGUGGGCGCGGAGCUGCUGCUGUGGGACGGCGAGCGGGGCGCCUUCUCCGUCCUCAGCCUCCGCCGCCUGGGGGGCGACGAGCCCGACGCCCUCGGACGCUACCAGACCCUGCUCUGCAUAAAUUCGCCCCUUUUCGAGGUCUACCAGACGGUGCUGAGCCCUACGCAGCAGCACGUGGCUCUGAUCGGAACGAAAGGGCUGAUGUUGGUGGAGUUACCCAAACGCUGGGGAAAGAACUCGGAGUUUGAAGGUGGAAAAGCGACGGUUAAUUGUAGCACUGUACCCAUUGCGGAAAGGUUCUUCACAAGCUCAACCUCCCUGACCCUGAAGCACGCGGCCUGGUUCCCGAGCGAGACGCUGGAGCCCCACGUUGUGCUGUUGACAUCAGACAACACAAUAAGGAUCUACAGCCUGAGCUCCCCCCAGACACCCGUGAAAGUGAUCGCUCUUUCAGAGGCAGACGAGGAGACUCUGAGGCUUAAUAAAGGGAGAGGCUACACAGCAUUGAUAGGAGAGACGGCGGUGGCCUUUGACUUUGGUCCCCUGGCAGUCGUUCCCAAGAAUGUCGCCGGGCAGCAAGAGGAAGAGGAAGCCCUGGCCUAUCCGUUGUACAUCCUCUAUGAAAACGGAGAGACCUUCCUGACGUACCUCAAACUCCCGUCCAGCACCGGGAGUUUUGUAGGCAAGCUGCUGGGCCCCCUGCCGAUGUAUCCUGCCGCCGAAGACAAUUACGGCUACGAUGCUUGUGCCGUUCUCUGCCUGCCUUGCAUUCCGAACAUCUUGGUGAUCGCCACCGAAUCGGGGAUGCUGUAUCACUGUGUUGUGCUGGAAGGAGAAGACGACGAUGACCAGACGUCCCUCAAGUCCUGGGAUUCCAGAACGGACCUCAUCCCGUCCCUCUACGUCUUUGAAUGCGUUGAGCUGGAGCUCGCUCUGAGACUGGCCUCACGGGAAGGGGAGGAGCCGCUGGAGUCGGACUUCUCCUGCCCCAUUAAAUUGCACAGAGACCCCAGAUGCCCUUCCCGGUACCACUGCACCCACGACGCUGGAGUGCAUAGCAUCGGCCUCCCUUGGAUCAACAAACUGCACAAGUUUCUUGGCUCUGACGAGGAAGACAAAGACAGCUUGCAAGAACUGGGAGCAGAGCAGAAGUGCUUUGCGGAGCACCUCCUUUGCACCAAGCCUUUGCCCUGCAGGCAGCCUGCGUCCAUCAGAGGGUUUUCGAUUGUCUCGGACAUCCUGGGUCCCACAAUGAUCUGCAUCACGGAGAACUACGAAUGUGUCACCAAGCCUCUUCUUCCCGCCGUCCACCCGCCCUGCCCUCCGCUCUUGUGCACGAAAGAGGACUCCGUGGCGACGGCCUCGCCUCUCCGCCUCCUGGCUGAAUCGCAGGACUCCUUCGAGAGACGGAUCCGGAGCAUCCUGUCCCGAAGCUCUGCCAACCCUCUGCUGCUGAAAGCCGCCGACAGAGACUCUUCUCCUCCCCCGGAAGAAUGCCUUCAGCUCCUCAGCAGAGCCACCCAGGUAUUCAGGGAAGAAUACAUUCUGAAACAGGAUCUGGCCCGAGAAGAAAUCCAGCGAAGAGUGAAGCUCCUGCGAGAGCAGAAAAAGAAGCAGCUGGAAGACCUUGGCUACUGUCGGGAAGAAAGGAAAAGCUUACGGGAGCUGGCCGAGCGCUUGGCCGACAAGUACGAGGAAGCCAAAGAGAAACAGGACGACAUUGUGAAUAGGAUGAAGAGGGUCCUGCGCAGCUUCCACGCUCAGCUGCCUGUCCUGUCGGACAGCGAGAAGGACAUGAAGAAAGAACUGCAGACCAUCCAGGAGCAGCUGCGGCACUUGGGGAGCGCCAUCAAACAGGUCAAAAUGAAAAAGGAUUAUCAGCACAGGAAGAUGGAGAAAGGAACCAGCCCUCGGAAGCCCAGCCUCAGCCUCAGCGCCCACCAGAGGAAGUGCAUCCAGGCAGUUCUGAAAGAGGAGGGGGAACACAUCCAGGAAAUGGUGAAACAGAUAAACGACAUCAGGAACCACGUCACUUUUUAAAACGGACCCUGGGUAGAAUGUCGUGGAAAAUGAGCCGCCUUUCUCCUAAUUUAUAAGUUAAAUUCAUGUUUGCAUCAUUUUUACUAAGUCUGUUGUUUAAAUAAAUACAUUUUUUCCACAGA